AGACUGACUGCCAGGUGACUUGUGCAUCUUCGCCCAGCCACCGAUUUCCGCGGCGCCAUCCACGCCUCACUAAAUGCCCGACCAGACCUCUUCUUUUUUCUUUUUUUUCCUCCUUACCCUUUUCAAUCUUCUACAUCAAUCCGAGCGAACCUCUGCAGAUUGACAUUCCGCAUCAAAUCUUUGAUCGUCGUUGACAAAGAUCGUCGGCGUCAGUGAACUACCCUAAACUGACAGGCGCGACCCAGCGCCACUUACACACAGAGCCUUGGGCCCUGUUGAUGGCUCUAACCUAACUUCAACACCAUCAUCGCCAGUUCCAGCACACAUUGCGAUCGGUAUCAAAGAGGCUUGCCUCGAAUUCGGCACAAUGCGUUCCCAUUCGCUUCUAGGUCUCCCUUCCUCGCUGUUGCUGCUCACCGCAGCAUGCAUCAACGCAGAGCACCCUGCCGUCAUCCGCAAAAUGUCACCAAACGCCGGGGAGAAGCUCCUUCCCAAUGACCUCGCAUUCACACCCAACGACGUCUUUGGGACAAUAAACACCACUCCACUCUCGCCCCGCGAAGAGCUGCUCGCCGCUCGCAUGGCUAAUGACAACUUUCUGUCCAACUCCUCGUUUUCAUACCGACCACCCUUUGCGGAACAUCAUGACAGUCUUACCAGCACGGGCUGGGAAAGUCUUCGGCGCGCCGUUGAGGCGCUUCACAUUCUCGAGAAGAGGCAGUCUUGCCCGACAACUAUGAACAGCUGCGAUUACAUCGGAGCGGCAAACAAGUGCUGUCUGAGCAAUGAAGUGUGUGUAAAGGUGGUCGAUGAGCACGUUGGGAAUGUCGCUUGUUGCCCCAAGGGUGCCGCUUGCAGUGGAGCCGUGGCGGCAUGUCCCAGCGGUACCACGAGCUGUGAUGCAGAGCUGAGUGGUGGAUGUUGCAUCCCGGGAUAUGUCUGUCAAGGCGUUGGCUGCGUACCAAGCCCUCCUCCAGCAACGAGUGCUUCACCAAGUCAGACGGCCACGGGCACUGGUGGAGGUGGAGGAGGAGGCGGCGGCGGCGGCAGCGGCAGUACUGGUGGCGGAGGUGGUGGUGGAGGAGCAGGCACGACAGUCGUGCAGACAAUCACCACGACCUCGGUUUCGACAACGACACUCGUUGACGGGAGAACCACGACGGUGCAUGUGACAGUGAUUGUGACAGUUGGUGGAGCGACCACGAGAAGAACCACGACGAGCACAACCGCUGAGGAGCCCUCAACCACGGCUCCGGAGCCUACGACGACUACUACAGGCACCGCGGUGCCUCCUUUCCGCCCGACGUCCACCAACUCUGACGAGCCGCCAGUCACAUCCGCGUACUGCCCGACCGGAUUCUACGCCUGUCUCGCCCGCGCUGGCGGAGGCUGCUGCCAGACCGGCCGCGACUGCGCCACUACCUCUUGCCCGCCAACAGAAUCGACCACCAUUAUCAGCAACGGUGUCACCGUCGUCGUCCCUCUCACCGAAGUACCGGAGCCCCAGGCGACGGAAACCUGCGCGAGCGGCUGGUUCUUGUGCGGCUCCGAGGGCGGUCCCGUUCCCGGCUGCUGUCCGAGCGGGUAUGAGUGUGGCACCGCGAGCUGCUCUAGUAUCUCACCGACACGCACCGGUGAGAUCCAGAAGCAUUUCCCCAAUUCGGGGGAUUCAAGAGUUGUGGUGUCGUUGGCUGUCAUGGUCAUCUCUCUUAUGGUUGCGUUGUUUUGAUUUACAGCAUCAUUGCAUUGGGCGGCGUUUAUAAACUGGAAUUUGCAAAGGCACCGAAGAUGGAUUCAUCUAAGAUUAGGAAGAAACGAGGAACGGAAAUAAGGAUAGUAUGGGGAACGUAUACGAGAGACGUAUAAUGGCAAUGGCCAUGAUGAAUAUGAGAAGAUUCCCUGGGGCUCGAGCUUAGGGAACGUAUUCUAUCACACAAUCAAGAGAGCACAUAUUGAAGAAC